AUGAAAUCAGAGACAGUGACGCUGGUGCUGGUGAAUCUGGCGAGUAUUAUGCAGAGAGCAGAUGAAUCGUUGCUUCCGGGAGUGUACAAAGAGGUUGGUGAGGAUCUCAACGCUGACCCCACUGCGUUGGGUUCCCUCACACUCUUUAGAUCACUCGUUCAAUCUCUGUGUUACCCUCUCGCAGCGUAUCUCGCCACGCGUCACAAUCGUGCCCAUGUCAUAGCUCUCGGUGCUUUUCUUUGGGCUGCGGCUACCUUCCUCGUUGCCAUCUCCUCCACCUUCCUUCAGGUGGCAAUUUCAAGAGGUUUAAAUGGGAUAGGACUUGCCAUUGUUAUUCCAGCAAUUCAGUCCCUGGUUGCUGAUUCAACCGUGGAUAACAACCGUGGUAUGGCGUUUGGGUGGUUGCAACUAACAGGAUUCUUAGGAAGCAUCAUUGGUGGUCUCUUAUCUGUACUUAUAGCCUCAACCACAGUGGCAGGUAUAGCUGGGUGGAGAAUAGCUUUUCAUCUGGUUGCAUUGAUCAGUGUUAUAGUGGGAAUAUUGGUACGCCUCUUUGCUAAUGAUCCACACUAUUCAAAGAGCCAUGACACAGCAAAAAACCAAGCUCCAAACAAGUCCUUUUAUUGUGAAAUGAAAGACCUAAUGAAGGAAGCAAAGUCAGUCAUGGGAAUUCCAACUUUUCAGAUAAUUGUGGCUCAGGGAGUGUUUGGAUCAUUCCCCUGGUCAGGGUUGUCAUUUUCCACGCUUUGGUUAGAACUAAUAGGCUUCUCCCACGUCACAACGGCGACCCUUUGGACCUUAUUUACAGUUGCUGCUUCAUUUGGAUCUCUAUUUGGAGGGUGGAUGGGAGAUUUUUUGUCCCAAAAGUUUCCCAACUCUGGUAGAAUAGUAUUAUCACAAAUAAGCGCUGGUUCAGCAAUUCCUUUAGCAGCAAUUUUGUUGUUGGGAUUGCCUGAUGAUUCAUCCACUGCGUUCAUGCAUGGUCUUGUUUUAGUCAUCAUGGGAUUCACCACAGCCUGGAAUGCUCCAGCAACUAACAAAUGGCCUCAAUCCCUUAACAAAACAUGGAAGUAUAGAUUAUUUUAUUUCAAAUGUAACAGUGUGGACAGUCCAAUAUUUGCAGAAAUAGUACCUGAGAAGUCCCGAACAGCUAUAUAUGCUUUGGAUUGUUCAUUUGAGUCUAUCUUGGCAUCCUUUGCUCCUCCUAUAGUUGGAGUAUUGGCUCAACGUGUUUAUGGUUACAGACCAAUCCCAAGUGGAUCCUCAGAUUCUGUGGGGAUUGAAACAGAUAGGGAAAAUGCUGCAUCUCUCGCCAAAGCACUUUAUACUGCAAUUUUAAUUCCAAUGACAAUCUGUGUCUCCGUGUAUUCAUUGCUCUACUGCACGUACCCAAUGGACAGGGAACGAGCAAGAAUGUUAUCAUUAGUGGACUCAGAAAUGCAGCAUCUAGAAGUGGAAGAUGGCACCAAAGAACAAUAUUGUCAGGUUCAUGAUUUAGAACCAAAUGGAGUGGAUGGUAAGGAAAUUAGCAAGUUUGAAAUUGAUUAUCCAAGGGAGGAGAGUAUUGACUUGGAUGAUGAUGAUAAGAAAGUUUUGUUGUCCUAG